AUGAAUUGAGGAAUGCCGUAGGGCUACUUGCUAUGGGUGGGACAGACAGACAGAUUGAAACGAUCGUCUCACUGCAGAGUAAGACGCAUUUGCUUAUUACACUAUAUCAUGGCAGUUACGGUUUCGAGGGUCUUGUCCUGUCUUGUGUGCGUCCUGUGUUCGCUCCUGAUCCAGACUGUAUGGGCUGAAAUUUGCACCAGCUACGUGGAUGCAAAUGGUAACCAAUAUCGAGGUCAGCAAUGUGGCAAUUACUACUGCUGUGGAAACUGCCAUCAAAGAUCCUGCUGCAGUGACAGAUCAUAUCGGAUUAGUCAAGAAGACCAACAACGUUGCUCUAAAGGGAGUGGCCAUGGGAAAAGCAAACUUGGUACGCUCCUUGGAAGCAUCUUAGGGUCUCUUUUUCCCAUUAUCCUCUGUGUGGGUGUCGUCAUCUGCUGUAUGGCUCCUUGCUGCUUGUUCUACAAGAAGUGUCGAAAAGGACGCAGCCGAGGGUCCCAGGCUCCCCCCACCAUGAUCGGCGGGCCCCAGCUUCCUUUCCCCCCCUCCAAUAAUUACCCAUCCCACCCGGGGGGUUACCACUCCGUACCUGGCCAACCUGGAUUUGGAGGCCUGCCCAACCCUUCAGCACCACCACCAUACAUGGGAGGAAAUAAUCCACCUCACGGUCAAGGUGGAUUCAAUCCAGGGAUGCCGAUGGUGAACUUCAUCGGCCCGCCUUUAGAAUCAGCGCCACCUUCAAAUGACAAUGCACCACUGCCUUACAACCCUGCUUACUCCUGAACUGCAUAGUUAGAACACUACAUGCCUUGAAAAGCUGGUUGCACCACCACUGUCAAAGGCAUGUGAAAUGUGUGGGUUAUGGUGUGUUGAUACGGUGGAAACCCUCUUUGCAAGGCGUUAAAUCCAAAUAUAUCUCGGGAAAGCUGCAUUGUUCUAGUAAUGUGUUUGCAAUAUAAACUACUUUAAUGUAUCGCUUUAUCUUGCUGCUGCUGCUUUUUACGGGUAAACCUUUAUGAAUAAUGCUUCAGUGAUAUGAAUAAUGCUUCAGUUAUGGCCAUUUGUUUAGCAGUGUCCUUACUUUUUGUGUUUAGUGUUGAAGAAAUGUUGAAU